AUGGUUGGGGAAGGACCCUAUCUUAUCUCUGAUCUGGAUCGGCGAGGCCAGCGGAGGUCCUUUUCAGAGAGAUAUGACCCCAGCCUGAAGACCAUGAUCCCGGUGCGUCCCUAUGCAAGGUUGGCAUCCAACCCGGUAGACGAUGCAGGGCUGCUCUCCUUUGCCACCUUCUCCUGGCUUACACCAAUGAUGGUUAGAGGGUACAGGCACACGCUGACUGUGGACACCCUGCCCCCACUGUCACCAUAUGACUCAUCUGACACCAACGCCAGAAGAUUUCGAAUCCUUUGGGAUAAAGAGGUAGAAAGGGUGGGUCCCGAGAAGGCCUCCCUGGGCCAAGUGGCCUGGAAGUUCCAGAGGACGCGUGUCUUGAUGGACAUCUUGGCCAACAUCCUGUGCAUCAUCAUGUCAGCCAUCGGGCCGACGGUUCUCAUUCACCAAAUCCUCCAGCACACCGAGAGCUCCUCSGGGAAGGUCUGGGUUGGCAUCAGCCUGUGCAUGGCCCUUUUUGCCACCGAGGUGACCAAGGUCCUCUUCUGGGCCCUGGCCUGGGCCAUAAAUUACCGCACGGCGAUCCGGUUGAAGGUGGCCCUCUCCACCCUGGUUUUCGAAAACCUGGUGUCCUUCAAGACAUUGACACACUUCUCUGUUGGCGAGGUUCUCAAUAUACUAUCAAGUGAUAGCUAUUCUUUGUUUGAAGCUGCCUUGUUUUGUCCCCUGCCAGCCACCAUCCCUAUCCUAAUGGCCGUUUGUGCGGUGUACGCCUAUUUCAUUCUGGGACCCACAGCUCUCAUCGGGAUAUUCGUGUAUAUCAUAUUCAUCCCUAUCCAGAUGUUUAUGGCUAGGCUCAAUUCAGCUUUCCGAAGAUCAGCAAUUUCGGUGACAGACAAGCGCGUUCAGACAAUGAAUGAGUUUCUGACMUGCAUCAAGCUGAUUAAAAUGUACGCCUGGGAGAGAUCUUUCACGAACACCAUUCGAGAUAUCAGAAAGAGGGAAAGAAAAUUGCUAGAAAAAGCUGGAUAUGUCCAGAGUGGAAACUCAGCCCUGGCCCCCAUUGUGUCCACCAUAGCCAUCGUACUGACCUUCUCAUGCCACAUCCUCCUGAGGCGCAACCUCACCGCCCCUGUGGCAUUUAGCGUGAUUGCCAUGUUUAAUGUAAUGAAGUUUUCAAUUGCAAUCUUGCCUUUCUCGGUCAAAGCAAUGGCCGAAGCCAAUGUCUCUCUAAGGAGAAUGAAGAAAAUUCUCAUAGAUAAAAGCCCCCCAUCUUACAUCACCCAACCGGAAGACCCAGAUAUUGUCUUGCUUUUAGCAAAUGCCACCUUGACGUGGGAGCAAGACACCAGCAAGAAGAAUAACUCAAAGAAAGCGCAGGACCAGAAAAGGCACUUUGUCAAGAAACAGAGGCAGGAGGUACACGCUGAGCACAGUCCAUCAGCCCAGGGAGUUGCUGGCUCAGAGGAACAGAGUGACGGUCCCAAAUCAAUUCUGCAUAACAUAAGCUUUGUGGUGAGAAAGGGGAAGGUCCUAGGGAUAUGCGGGAAUGUCGGAAGUGGAAAGAGCUCCCUCAUUGCAGCCCUCCUAGGACAGAUGCAGUUACAGAAAGGGAUUGUGGCUGUCAACGGGACCUUGGCCUAUGUUUCACAGCAAGCGUGGAUCUUUCAUGGAAAUGUGAGAGAAAACAUAUUAUUUGGAGAAAAGUACGAUCACCAAAGGUAUCAGCACACGGUUCGUGUCUGUGGCCUCCUGAAGGACCUCCGCAGCCUCCCUUAUGGAGACCUGACUGAGAUUGGGGAGCGGGGUCUCAACCUCUCUGGGGGUCAGAGGCAGAGGAUCAGCCUGGCCCGCGCUGUCUACUCAGACCGUCAGCUCUACCUGCUGGACGAUCCCCUGUCGUCRGUGGACGCCCACGUGGGGAAGCACGUCUUUGAGGAAUGUAUUAAGAAGACGCUCAGGGGGAAGACUGUCGUCCUGGUGACCCACCAGCUGCAGUUUUUGGAGUCUUGUGAUGAAGUCAUCUUGUUAGAAGAUGGAGAGAUUUGUGAAAAGGGAACCCACAAGGAGCUAAUGGAGGAGAGAGGGCACUAUGCAAAGCUGAUUCACAAUCUCCGGGGGUUGCAAUUCAAGGACCCUGAACACAUUUACAAUGAAGCCAUGGUGGAAGCCCUGCAGGAGAGCUCCGAGGAGAUGGAUGAAGAUGCUGUUUUGACUCCAGGAGAUGAGAAAGAUGAAGGAAAGGAAUCUGAAACCAAUGCAGAAUUUGUAGAAACAAAAGUUCCUGUGCACCAGCUUGUCCAGACUGAAUCCUCCCGUGAAGGAACUGUGACCUGGAAAACAUAUCACACAUACAUUAAGGCUUCUGGAGGCUACCUUCUCUCUCUCUUUGCCAUGUUCUUCUUCCUCCUGAUGAUUGGCAGCUCCGCCUUCAGCAACUGGUGGCUGGGUCUCUGGUUAGACAAGGGCUCAGAGAUAACCUGUGGGUCCCACAGCAACAAGAGCACGUGUGAAAUCGGCAAGAUCCUGGCAGACAUCGGGCAGCACAUGUACCAGUGGGUAUAUGCAGCCAGCAUGGUGUCCGUGCUGAYGUUUGGCAUUAUAAAAGGCUUGACCUUCACCAAGACCACACUGAUGGCGUCCUCCUCGCUACACGACCAAGUGUUCGAUAAGAUCUUAAAGAGCCCAAUGAGCUUCUUUGACACGACUCCCACUGGCAGGCUAAUGAAUCGUUUUUCCAAAGACAUGGACGAGCUGGAUGUGAGGCUGCCGUUUCACGCCGAGAACUUUCUGCAGCAGUUUUUUAUGGUGGUGUUUAUUCUCAUGAUAUUGGCUGCCGUGUUUCCCGCUGUCCUUUUGGUCCUGGCUGUCCUUGCUAUAAUCUUCUUGAUCCUUUUAUGUAUUUUCCACCGAGGAGUCCAGGAGCUCAAGAAAGUGGAGAACGUCAGCCGGUCACCCUGGUUUUCCCACAUCACCUCCUCCAUGCAGGGCCUGGGUGUCAUCCAUGCCUAUGACAAGAAGGAAGACUGCAUCAACAAGUUUAAGAUGCUAAACGAUGAAAACUCCAGCCACCUUCUGUAUUUUAACUGUGCUCUCAGGUGGUUUGCUCUAAGAAUGGAUAUCCUCAUGAACAUCGUCACCUUGGUUGUGGCCUUGUUGGUGACCCUGAGUUUCUCCUCAAUCAGUCCUUCGUCCAAAGGCUUGUCGCUGUCUUACAUCAUCCAGCUAAGCGGAUUGCUCCAAGUGUGCGUGCGGACAGGAACGGAGACCCAGGCCAAGUUCACCUCCGUGGAGCUGUUAAGGGAGUACAUUAUGACCUGUGUUCCCGAGAGCACGCAUCCCCUCAAAGUGGGCGCCUGUCCCAAGGACUGGCCCAGUCACGGGGAGAUAACCUUCAGAGACUAUCAGAUGAGAUACAGAGACAACACUCCCCUUGUUCUCAACGGACUGAACCUAAACAUAGAAAGUGGGCAGACGGUUGGGAUCGUCGGAAGAACAGGUUCUGGGAAGUCGUCACUGGGAAUGGCCUUGUUCCGCCUGGUGGAGCCAGCGGGCGGCACGAUCCUCAUCGAUGAGGUGGAUAUCUGUACCAUCGGUUUGGAAGACCUCCGAACCAAGCUGACCGUGAUCCCCCAGGAUCCUGUCCUGUUUGUAGGUACAGUAAGGUACAACUUGGAUCCCUUUGAGAGUCACACCGAUGAGAUGCUCUGGCAGGUUCUGGAGAGAACAUUCAUGAAAGACACAAUAAUGAAACUCCCGGAAAAAUUGCAAGCAGAAGUCACAGAAAAUGGGGAGAACUUCUCGGUAGGGGAACGUCAGCUGCUUUGUAUGGCCCGAGCCCUUCUCCGUAAUUCAAAAAUCAUUCUCCUGGACGAAGCCACCGCCUCCAUGGACUCCAAGACAGACACCCUGGUUCAGAGUACCAUCAAAGACGCCUUCAAAGGCUGCACGGUGUUGACCAUCGCCCACCGCCUCAACACCGUUCUCAACUGCGACCGUGUCCUGGUCAUGGAAAAUGGGAAGGUGAUUGAGUUUGACAAACCAGAAGUCCUUGCUGAGAAGCCCAAUUCUGCAUUUGCAAUGCUACUGGCGUCAGAAGUCCGACUGUAA